AUGGUUUAGCCACUUCCGAUGGGUCUAUGCCUUCAAGUGGAUACAUGCGAAGCAGUGGAUACAGUAGAAGAACAGAACCCCCAGCUGAAGAUUUUGAUUUACUGCUGCGUGAAGCUCAAGCCAAGCUACGCAAACGCAAAGUUUGACAUCGGCAUAUCGUUAUAGGAGCAAUUUUUUUUCCUAUGCUAGUAAUUCUUAAUUUAUUGAAUUAGGAUACAGUGCACUCACUUCUGUGAAUUUAGCCAAUCCAUUGCUCAUUUUAUGUCAACCUGUGUAUUACAGAGUGUUUGUUUAUGUAUGGUGAGAAGUUGCAAUUAAAGUGUUCUAGAGGAAACGUGACAAAAGCACACUGAAAGACGGGUCACCAUUUACUGGUAAUUGGAUGUAUUUAUGAAAAAGGAGUUUUUAACCAUUACAGUAUUAUGCACAUUGUAAAAUAAUGCAAAAUAUAAGAGGUUUUACCACUUCUUUUGAUAACACAAAACACACAUUGCACUUGUUAAAUCAAUAUCUGUUUAUUUAUGUACAGUGAAAUUUCUGUUCUAAGUUUACUCUUUUUUGCCUUUCCUUUUUUGUUUUUUUCUUUUCUUGUCUUUUUAUUUUCAAUAUGUUCUGUGUUUCACAAGAUAUAAUAUAUCUUGAUAGCUCUUAAAUGUAAGUGUAGUAAACUGUGAAUUGAUGUUCCACUGCUAAUCAAUUAAGCUUAUGUUGUCCAAUGAUAUUACUGGAAGAAAGAUUCUUUUAAGUAAAUAUUGUAAAACAUGACCUCAAAAGAUGUAAACAUGAUUGUAUUACUUCCACAAUUGUGUGUUGUUCCUGCAUAACUACAUCCAAUUGUGUCAUUAACUGCCAUAAGAGGUGCUGAUUUCAUGUGUUUCCCUUAUCUUACACUUCUGUAUAUUUGAAUUGUCCUAUGGGUAGAUAGUUACCAUCUUUUAUUAAUUUGGAUAGUGUGGUUUGUUGAGCAUUGAUUACUCACACUUGAUUUAAUGGCUGUACUGUUCAGAUGGACCAGUACAAUUUCUUGCAUAUUCUGACACAUGAUCAGCUUCUCCCCAUUUUACAUGGCAUUAAGAAUUUGUUCAAGUAUUUGUUUGGUUCCUAUGUCCCAACAUCCCAAACAGUGUGUUUCAAAGUCUUUGUGAAACUGCAGUAUGUGAAAUGAAAAUACAUUUAAUGUUUGUGCUUUCAUAGGUUCAAAGGAUGAAAUGUUAAUGCUAGAUUGUAUUUUUUUUAUUUAUUUAUUUCCCCUUACUGAUUGAACAUUACAAUUGUGUUUCAAUUACUUUCAAGGUAUUACUAUUUGAUUUGUGCAAAGUCUUUUAUAAUCAAAUGUAUCUCCUCUCUCUCUUGUGAAGGAAUUGGAUGAUUUUCCUGAUAGUUUUGAUUACAAUUUAGUAAACAUACUGCAGUUUCAUUCUUAUUGUUGUGAUUUAACUUAAUGUGCUAUUGUAAUGUAGCAAUUGGUAUCACAUUUGUGUAUAUUAAUGUCAGAAUUGCAUAUCAUGUUUUCAUGUCAUGCAGGUAGAACGAUGUUAUAUUUAAAUGUUCUCACUUCAUAAAUUGGUGUUGACAGCAUUCUGUAUAUGUGCUGUUCAAUUAUUGUCACCAAGUUUGAGUAUGUGAUAAAUAGUAUUGCAGGUGGAGUUGAUGUGAACAACGCAUUCAUAGGCUUAUGUUUCAGAAUCGGAAAAAUAGUGGGAUUUUACUGUAUUGUGUGGGGAUCUGUGUCUCCUGACAAUAAGUUAUUAAUUUUUAUUUAAAGAGGGACAAGGAACUUACAUUUUUGAAAUUUAUUGCAAAUGAUUACAAGCAUCUUAUUUUCUAUCAUUUGUGGUGUACAUUUCCUUAUGUGUGGGAGGGAGAUAACUAGCAGCAACUUGCAGAUAUGUAUGUAUUAUAUAUUGUUGAAGUCAGGUGUGUAAUUGUAGAGAAACAUUGAGCAUUGUUAAUAAUGUUGAUAAUACUGUGAUAGUUACAGGGUUUAUUGCCAUGGGUAAAGAAAAAUCACAGUAUUUGUGUGGAAUAUAUAUAUACAUGACAAUUGUGAAGGUUAUACAGAUAUGAAAGUCCUAUGGUGUGCCCCUGGUCGUGGAUAGUAAGUGAAUAUAGAAGUCAAUCUGGAAAAUAAAGAUUGUAUGAAGCAAAAUAGUAAACGGUUGUACAGAUAGGAUGGAGUAUUUUUUUUUUUUUUUUUUUCUCCUUUCCUUUUAUGCGAGUUGUAUGGAUGAAGUGAACAUGUUAGUUUCACUUGGGAGGGGCAGGGGAUGAAGUGUAUGUGAAUGAAAGCUGUGGGAAACUUGAAAAGAUUAUAGGUUGAGACCAAAACUUUUAAACUUUGAAUGAAAAUGUUUCUAUCUUGAACCAAUUGCUCAGACAUUUCAAGACGUUUGUCAAAGAUGUUUUGAUAGUGAACUGGUGUGCAAUGAAAAGCCAUCCAAAGGUUAAAUUUAGAAAGGAAAAGUAUGUAUUGCAGUUGUAUCUUGAAUGAAUUAAUAGCGAUUUUAAAACCCACUUUUGGGCAUGGUCUUCCACUUCAAAUUGCCUUCUCAGCAAGGUCCAAAAUUAGGAAAUGUUAAAAUUUUAUUUUCCAGAGAAUAGAAACUGCAAAUAAAACAUUUUUACUUUCGUCUUAGCAGUAAAGGAUAGGUUCUGUACAUUUACGUUGAUUUACUGAAGAAAUUCGAAGCACAGCUUGUUUUAAGCAGUUUUAAUUAAAAUAAUAAUUCUUGCCAUUUGACUUCCGUCUUGAAUUUAGAAUUUUGUGUAUGUUUUGUAAACAUAAAUAACAACUUUAUGGCAUCUCAAAAUUAUUAAUUCCAUGUUUUCAUUUGUUUCAAUCUGAUUCCUCAAUUCAUGCUCUUUAAUGGAAAUAAAUCCUUAAUAAUUAUCAGAAAACAAAUA